AUUCAUCAAACAAACAAUUAAAAAACUAUCAGUUCAUCAAAAAUCAAUUCAACAAUGAACUUUUUGGUCGUUUUAUGUUUGGCGAUAGCCGCAUGCUCAGCAAAACCUGGAUAUUAUUAUGGAAAACCAACAUUAGAUCGUUCAGCCAUUGAAUAUCCAUUACCACACUUUGUAAGUGAACCAGCUCCAUUACCACAUUUGAUUGAACAACCAGCACCUUUCUACGCUGCGGCUCCAUUACCUCGUCCAUUACCACAGCCAUUACCACAACCUUUACCAGAAGUAGCUCCAGUCUAUCCAGUCUACGCCAAUCAAUAUCACAGACAAUAUCAUAAUCAAGAUACUUUGGGACAAUACAAUUUCGCUUACGAAACAGCCGAUAAUAGUCGAAGUGAAGCUCGUGACGCUUUAGGUCAUGUAGUUGGAUCUUACACAUACGUUGAUGCUGAAGGAAAAUUACAAACUGUUAACUAUCGUGCUGAUGAAGGUGGUUUCAAUGUUGCCGGAACAAAUAUUCCAGAUGCUUCAAGUGUAGUCAACAAGUUAGAACAAGUUAAAGAAUCACCUGAAGUUGCUGCUGCUCGUGAAGCUCAUUUAAAAGCUCAUGAAGAUUUCAAAGCUGGUAAAUUUGUUUUACCUGUUGCCCCAGAAGUACCAGCUGUUCCAGCCGUUCCAGAAGUACCUGCUGUGCCAGAAUUGAAACCAAUUGAAGAUGAACCGCAAGUUGCUGCCGCUAAAAAGGAAUUCUUAAGCAAAUAUGAUGCUCAAGUUGAUUUACUCAAGAAAAUUGAAUCAGGCGAACAUGUUUUAUCAACUCCAGCUCCAAUUGCUUUGGAAAGUCCAGUUGCAGUCACCGAUGAACCAGCAGUCGCUUUAGCCAAAAAAGAACACAAUGAAUUACACAAAGCACUUAGUGAACAUCACGAAAUUUUGAAGAAAUUGACUCCAGAACCUGUCGAAUACGUAUCUUUACCAUACCCAGCAAUUCCAUCCCAUCAAUACUCAGCAAUCCCAUACUCUCAGUAUCCAUUCGCCUACAACUACAGCAGAUUAUACGAAUCUCAUCCUCUUGCCGUUCCACAUGGCUACCAUUCACUUUAUCAUCCAUAUGGUCUUCCAUUAGUUCCACCCCAACCAUUUUAUCACCACCAAUACGAUAUUAAGUCAAUAAGUCCAAUUGUAGCCGAAGCUAAACUUCACGAACCUCUCAUUGCUCCAGCUUUAAUCCCACGCCAUGAGACUCUCGUUGCUCCAACCUUAAUCCCACAACCUGUUUUCCAACAUGUUGAACCUGCUUUGAAAUCAGUUACACCAAUUGUAGCUGAAGGUAAACUUCACGAACCCCUCAUUACCCCCGCUUUCUUCUCACACCCAGCUCCAGCUGUAGAAUUACAACGUGAAGCCUUUUUUGCCCCACAAUUAAUCGCUGAACCAGUUUUCCAUCAUGUUGAACCAACCUUGAAAUCAGUUACACCAAUUGUUGCUGAAGGUCAACUUCAUGAACCACUCAUCAGACCUGCAGUAUUCCCACACCAAGCUCCAUUAGUCGCAGAAUACGGAUGGUAGAAUAUUAUUUAUAAAAAAAAAAUCGUG